CUUCUCUGCUAUUGCUGUCGUCGUCGUUUUCCCUCAGCUUAUUUUUGCUAACAUUCAACAAUGGCAGCUAGUUCGACGGCGAGGUCUUUCCUUCAAGUUGCAGCCACGGAAGAGGUCGUUUCGCCUCUCCGAGUUGUUCAGAUCGAAGGGCUGGCUAUCUUAAAAAUAAUCAAGCACUGCAAGGAGUUUUCACCGGCUCUGGUUACCGGCCAGCUUCUCGGUUUAGAUGUUGGCAGUGUCCUUGAAGUUACUAACUGUUUCCCUUUCCCGAUCCGCGAGGAGGACGAGGAGAUUGAAGCUGAUGGAGCUAAUUAUCAGCUCGAGAUGAUGCGAUGCCUGAGGGAGGUUAAUGUUGAUAACAACACUGUUGGAUGGUACCAAUCAACGAUUUUGGGUUCAUAUCAGACAGUCGAGCUCAUCGAGACCUUUAUGAAUUAUCAGGAGAAUAUAAGGAGGUGUGUGUGCAUUAUCUACGAUCCUUCAAGGUCUAAUCAAGGUGUCUUGGCUCUCAAGGCUUUGAAGCUAUCUGAUUCUUUUAUGGAACUUUAUCGGACUAAUAACUUUACUGGAGAGAAGUUGAGGGAGAAAAACUUGUCAUGGGUGGAUAUUUUUGAGGAAAUUCCUAUCAAAGUAUCAAAUUCUGCUCUUAUCAGUGCCUUUAUGACUGAACUGGAAUCUGAUACACCAGUCGCACAGUGUGAUUAUGACCGUCUACAAUUGUCAAGUAAUCCUUACAUGGAGAGGAAUAUGGAAUUUUUGAUUGAAUGCAUGGAUGAUUUGUCAAUGGAACAACAGAAGUUUCAAUUUUACUACAGGAAUUUGUCACGUCAACAAGCCCAGCAACAGGCAUGGCUUCAGAAAAGAAGGUCUGAGAACAUGGCACGAAAGGCUGCUGGGGAGGAACCAUUGCCUGAUGAGGACCCCACAAAUCCCAUCUUCAAGCCAAUCCCUGAGCCUUCACGAUUGGAGAGCUUUCUCAUAACAAAUCAAAUUGCUAAUUACUGCAACCAAAUCAACGGUGUUGCUGGGCAGAGCUUUAAUAGAUUGUAUUUAAUGAAGUCGUUGCACGAUAACUGAUCCGGAAACAUCGCAGCAUCGCCCCCUGCAAUGUUUGCAGGUAUGAAAUAUGCAUCGUGGAGAUUAGCUAAAAGCUUUUGCAGUGUCGGAGUAUAAUUAUAAUUUUUAUUUGAAGAUGAAUGUGAUUGAAUUGUUUUUCAAUGCCGUUAUGUUUCACGUUUAAUCCAUUAUCUCAUACACCUAUUUUAUGAAUGGUGGAAUGGAAUCUUUGAAUACAAUUAGUUGUAUUUCACCAC